AUGGCAUCUGUUCUGCGGUUUAUCUCUAACUGCCGACGAAAGACGAAGAAGAUGCCGAUCGAGACUCUGAAAGCAGUGGCCAGACAGGAGAACGUGAUAAAACCGAUUAGCGUCGGUAAGGUUCGAUUGCCAUUGCAGCGUGAGGAGUACGAGGAAGCAGAACGGUUAUUGAUAAAAAUGGCGCAAGCACAGGACUUCGUCGAUGAGUUGAAGGUGUUAAAAAGGAACAAGCAAUUAGCAGUUAAUCACUGGUUGUCUUUGGAGCGCUCCAGUCCGUUGUUCAAACUAACGCCGUUGGUUGAUGAGGCUGGUUUGAUUCGGAUGGAGGGACGAUGCGAGCGAGCGGAAUGUCUUCCGUUCGAUCUGCGCUUUCCAGUGAUCUUACCAGCUGGUAACCGAAUCACUCAUCUGAUCGUACUACAUUACCACGAGAGAAGCGGCCACGGGUAUCGCCAGACUGUGAAAAACAGGUUAAAGCAGUUGUAUUACAUCGUGAAUAUUGAUGCAGUGGUCAGAAUGGUGCUUAGUUCCUGCAUGUGGUGUAGAGGGCGCCGUAAUCGUCCGAAGGUUCCACAAAUGGCUCCACUUCCCGAACAACGGAUUACACCAUAUCUGCGCCCAUUUAGGUACACUGGGGUUGACUAUAUGGGGCCUUUUGAAGUAACUGUUGGACGCCGGUCGGAGAAACGGUGGAUUGCACUGUUCACCUGCUUCGUGACUCGAGCAGUGCACCUGGAGGUAACGCAUCGAUUAACAACACAGUCCUGUUUGAUGGCGAUCUACCGUUUUAUGGGCCGACGAGGUUGGCCGCUAGAAUUCUUCUCCGAUAACGGGACAAACUUCCAGGGGGCCAGUAAGGAGUUACUGGUAUCGUUCCGUGAAAUAGAAAACGAUUGUGCAGAUCAGUUGACGAAUGCUCGGACGAAGUGGACGUUCAAUCCUCCUAUGGCGCCUCAUACGGGAGGAGUGUGGGAGCGUCUCGUCCGCUCUGUUAAGGACGUGCUAAAAGCUCUCGACGAUAGCAAGCGGUUGACCGAUGAAAUCUUGCAGACGGCGAUAACAGAAGCGGAGGACAUAAUCAACUCGCGUCCGCUCACGUACGUUGCACAACAGUCUGCUGAACCGGACGCACUUACACCGAAUCACUUUCUGCGGGUGGCGUCUUUAAGAUAA